AUGGGGGUCGGUGGGUGCUUAGCCCUGCCCUGGAGGUGCCUAGUCGUCCUCUGUCUCAGGCUGCUCUUCCUUGUGCCCGCAGGAGUGCCCGUGCGCAGCGGAGAUGCCACCUUCCCCAAAGCUAUGGACAACGUGACUGUGCGGCAAGGGGAGAGUGCCACGCUCAGGUGUACCGUGGAUGACCGGGUCACGCGGGUAGCCUGGUUGAACCGCAGCACCAUCCUGUAUGCUGGCAAUGACAAGUGGUCUAUAGACAACCGUGUGGUCAUCGUCUCCAACACCAAGACCCAGUACAGCAUCAAGAUACACAAUGUGGAUGUGUAUGAUGAGGGCCCCUACACCUGCUCUGUGCAGACAGACAAUCAUCCCAAGACUUCGCGUGUCCACCUCAUCGUGCAAGUUCCCCCCCAGAUCGUCAACAUCUCCUCGGACAUCACGGUGAACGAGGGCAGCAGCGUGACCCUCAUGUGCCUGGCCUUCGGCAGACCGGAGCCCACCGUCACGUGGCGACACCUCUCUGGGAAAGGGCAGGGCUUUGUGAGUGAGGACGAGUACCUGGAGAUCACAGGCAUCACGCGGGAGCAGUCCGGGGAGUACGAGUGCAGCGCCGUCAACGACGUGGCCAUGCCCGACGUGCGGAAAGUCAAAGUCACUGUCAACUACCCACCGUACAUCUCCAAUGCCAAGAACACAGGUGCCUCAGUGGGCCAGAAGGGCAUCCUGCAGUGCGAGGCCUCGGCCGUCCCCGUGGCAGAGUUUCAGUGGUUCAAGGAGGACACCAGGUUAGCAAACGGGCUGGAGGGUGUGAGGAUCGAGAGCAAGGGCCGCCUGUCAACGCUGACCUUCUUCAACGUCUCAGAGAAGGACUAUGGCAACUACACGUGUGUGGCCACCAACAAGCUGGGCAACACCAAUGCCAGCAUCAUCCUGUAUGGCCCCGGAGCGGUGCACGAUGGUGGCAACGCAGCAUCCCGGGCAGCCGCCGGCCUCUGUCUGUGGGCUGCCCUCCUCGCUCGCCUCCUCCUCGACUUUUGA